UCGGGUGUAGCCUAAGAGCCGGAGCCAAGCAGCUCCUGAAGUUCACCUCUUGCAGCCUUCCUAGAAAGAUAAACUUCUCGUUAGGCUCAAAUCUAGAGCGAAUCUUCUUUUAGGCUACCUUUGAUUCAAACAGAAACAAGAAACAUGCCCAAACGUCUUUCUGUGAUAUUUAUAGGCGCGUGCCUACUUGUGUGCGAGAGCGCUCAGAACUCAAACUCGAAAAAGGUGCUGUUGUCUAAAGACUAUGGGGUGAAGCUGUGCGGCAGAGAGUUCAUCCGAGCUGUAAUCUUCACCUGUGGCGGUUCUCGCUGGAAAAGGGCUAUGAAUCUGGAUUUACUUUUGAGAAGCGACAAUGAUCCUAUUCAGCUGGGCUCCCUCAUUGUGGCAUCAGAAAAAGCUGGGAUGUUCAACAGGCCACCAUCAACAGACCUGAUGAGAAUUGCUGAACAAACCAUGCCUCCUUUCUCUGUUUCUUUGUUCUCCUCUCUGGCAGACUUUCUCAAGUUGUUUGAUGACCAGAAGCAGACUGGUGCUGAGUCCAAUGAACAGCAACUCAGCUACAAGCUACACUUUGAUAGAAAAAAGAGGAACUUUUCUCAUGGCCUUGCAGGCAUAUGUUGCAACCAGGGCUGUACAAAAAAUGAUAUUGGACGCCUUUGCUGAGAAUAUGAAAAGAUCUGAGAGGCGAGGAUGUGUUGUGAUUGAGUUAGCUUAGUCAGUGGCAUGCACAUGUAGGCAAACCGAACAAGAAAGAGUAGCCUAUAACCAGGGUUGGAGUUUAUGUGCACCUCAAAACAUCACUGGAAAUCAAGCUACUUUUGUCAACCAUUGCAUUAUUCUGAAUCAUAAUCUGUAUGUGUGUGCAUUUGUUAUAAUAAUAACAUAAUAUAUGUUCAUAAAUGAGACCAACUUUUCUCUAUUUUUCCCUACGAUAAGGAGAGUGUACUAAAUUAAUUAGAUACAUUAUAAAUAUGUUAUAAGUUAUGUUUUUCAUAAUGUCUUUAAUGCACAGCAAACCAAA